AUGAAAGCCAAAGUUCCCUUGAGGCCCUUAUCAAAGUCUAGCAGCAAACGAAAACCACGGUCGUGUAUUUCGAAAGCUUGCGAAACCUGCCGAGCGAAGAAGGCAAAGUGCAGUGGAGGCAAACCAUGCUCGAGAUGUAAAUCUCGGGGAUUGGGUUGUGCAUAUGAAACUCGGUCUAGCCGUACCAAGCAAAGUCUUAGACUCGAGAUUGAGGAGUUAAAAGAAGCUCAACGUCAGCGAGAAGCUCUAAUAAAAGAGUUAACAGGUCCACAUGAAGUAUCUAAUAUACUGGCUCGUGUGCGUGAUGAGGAUACACGGGACAGUGUCUCUAGUAAGACACUACAAGACCAGGAAGCAUCAUGUUGCUCAGUAAGUAGUCAAGUCCAAACCAAUCGUUUAGAUCAGGCUCAAUCAAGCCCAAAAUACUUAUAUCCUGCAAUAUUCAACAACCCAGAAACAAGAUACCUUCAAACAUCUUAUAUUGAGCAGACUCCCCUUCCAGCUAGCUACACAUAUCAGCCAGACGACGUAAAUCCCCUGCAAAACUUCGGAAACUUCGUCUCUACAAGCAACUAUAAUGACUUUGGAGUAAACUUCAGUCUUACUCCGUCACUCGAGAUCACAACAGCCUCCUAUAAUCCAAUAAUAGAUCACCUGAAUUAUUACUCGAGCAACAUCUAUUUAGGAGAGGACUUAGGAGUAGGCAACGGCUUGGCACAAAGUAUCUCAGAUCUUAUGCCCCUAAGCUUGUCAAAUGAUUCUAUAGAUUUAGUCUCCUCGCACUAUCCUAGAUCGUUCUUAGAAGCGUCUUUGGUACCAGAAGUAGAUUAG